UAACACUGUUAGUGUCAAACUUAAGUGCCCGCUGAAUACUGAUAAGUGAUUAGAAUUAAAUGGAAAACAAAUUCAUUUAAUAGUAGCUUUAUUACAACAUACGUCUGUAAAAUAUUUAUUCUAUUACGUAGAUAUACAUAUAAAGAAGCAAUGGCUGAAGAACAAAAACCAGUGAAUGCAGAAGAUCUCAAACAACUCAAAGAAAGAAUGAAACUAAUUGCUGAUGCUGAUCCAGCGCAAUAUCACAAUGAUUAUUCUUUAAAACGAUACUUAAGGGCGUUUAAAACAGUUGAUAGUGCCUUUCAGGCAAUAUUGAAAACCAACAAAUGGAGAGCAGAAUAUGGUGUUACAGAGCUCCAUGAAAAUAAAGAAAUUAUUGAGAAAUAUAGCAAUAAAGCAAGAGUACUUAGACACAGAGAUAUGGUUGGAAGACCAAUCAUCUAUAUACCAGCUAAGAACCACAGUUCUAGCGACAGAGACAUUGACGACUUGACAAAAUUUAUUGUACAUUGUUUAGAGGAUGCUAGCAAGAAGUGUUUUGAAGAAGUUGUAGAUAAUCUAUGUAUAGUGUUUGAUUUGAAUAAUUUUACACUUUCGUGUAUGGACUACCAAGUACUGAAGAAUCUUAUUUGGCUGCUGAGUAGACACUAUCCAGAACGACUUGGUGUUUGUCUGAUAAUUAAUGCACCAACAUUCUUCUCUGGCUGCUGGGCAGUUAUUAAAGGAUGGCUAGAUGAAAACACAGCGAGUAAAGUAACAUUUGUAAAUUCUGAAAUGGAUUUAUGUCAGUACCUGAUACCAGAUAUCUUACCCACCGAUAUGUAACACCUGAUAACUCGAGAUAACAUUGUAAAUAACUGUAAUCUAAUAACUAGUCAGUCAUCUGUGGCCGAGUCUGCUAUUUCAAUGGGCUAACUUUUGUUAUUAUUAAUGUCGUUUUUUAUCAAUCUCAUGAUAAUAGGUCAAAACUUUUUUGGAAUAUCUUAAUUGACUUCUACUAAAAGCUGAAAAUAUGAUACUAAUAUCUUCUUAUAAAGUUUAAUGUAAUAAAUUCGAAGUUGUUAUUCUAAUUUACUAAUUUGAAGUCAGCAAAUACUACUGUUGAACAAGAUUUAUUUUUAAUAAAUUCAGAGUAUGCUCACAAACAAUUUGACGAUUUUACUUAAGGAUAAAAACUUUUAAUAAUUAUUAUACAGUUUACCUUCCUUUUUAGAUAUAGCAUUGAGUCUUAUUUACAAUAAUUGGGUGCUGUAAUUGCACUAUUAAAACAUAUAUCGUGGUUUGGCUAUGGUUUAAUUAGUGUCCGGCUCGAAGGACCAAAUUAUAUGGUUCCUAAUUUUGAUAUAGAAAUUUAAUAACUACUCACGUACAACAAAAGGAUAUUUCUAUUAAAUUAAAUGCUUAUAAAAAUCCUGAAGAAAUUUCUCGCAACAAAACUUGCGCUUAUAAAAGAAGCAAGGCUGUUUCAUGGCAUUUCGGCUCAUACAAUUGAUUACCAAUAACUAACCGUUAAAAAUAGGAGACCCGGUUCCUAAGGUGUUAUAUCAAUGUCUAUUAAGAUUUUACUGUUAUUAAAAAAACUGUUUUAAAGUUAAAUGUUGAUGUUCUUAUGUUAUACAUUUAUGUAUAAUUCUUAGAGUCGUGCAUUAAUUAACCGUUAAUUAAGUCAUUUUAAGAUUUAAUUAAUAUGCAAUAUGAUUAAUACAUAAUGCUAAGUCUCGGCUCGCAAUGUUACCUUAACUACGACCGUUAUAAAUAUGUAAAAUACAUAUUGAUUUUCUUCAUAUAAGCUGUUAAUAAUUUUAUCUUUGUUGUAAGUAAUAAUUUGUGCUAAUCUUGCCAUAAUAUUUUUACUUUAAGUAUGUUAAAUGUGUGCAUUAAAAUUUGUGGGAUAUAUGUCGAGCAUAUAUCCAUUUUCUAACUGGUUUUGUUUUACUUAUGUUAUAAACCAUUAUUGUAGAACUUCAUGUAAUGUGUAAAAUGUAAACAUAAAAUCAAUAAGAAAUAUUAUAGUAAAGUGCCAGCUCGCGAAUACUUGAUAUAUUUUGGAAUUUUAAACUACUUCGAUAGAUGGCGCUACCUGCAUUUUUUCUAUCGAAAAACUGUCAAAUUUGAUUUCAUUGUAAUACCAAAAAUUGUGUGACAUUCCAUGUAAAAUAUAUUAUUCUUAAUCA